CGAUCAUUGUGUUGCCGCCGACGGACCGGACGAAGCAUGAACGAUCCGCUGGAAUGGUACUAUGAGAUCCCAAUCAUCAGCCGGUUGUACCUGACAGGAGCCUUCCUCACGACGGUCGCAUGCGCGCUGGAGCUGAUAUCGCCGUUCUCCCUCUAUUUCAACUUCAACCUGAUCUUCUACCGCGGCCAAGUGUGGCGCCUCGUCACCAACUUCCUCUUCUUUGGGCUGUUCAGCCUCGACUUUAUCUUUCACAUGUAUUUCCUCGUGCGAUACUCGCGCAUGCUCGAGGAAGGGUCGUUCCGUGGCCGUACCGCGGACUUCCUGUACAUGCUUCUCCUCGGCGCCCUCACCAUGAUUCUUGUCGCGCCAUUUGUGAGCGUCCACUUCCUCGGCUCCUCCUUGACGUUCAUGAUGGUGUACGUAUGGGGCCGACGAAACGAACACACUCGGUUGAGCUUCCUCGGCCUCUUUCCCUUCACGGCGCCGUAUUUGCCGUGGGUACUCCUGCUCUUCUCCAUGGUUCUCGGAAACAGCGCCACGAUCGACUUGAUUGGAAUCGUCGUCGGACACAUUUACUACUUCUUUGAAGGUUUGUGUGUUGCUUCCUCGUUUGAAAUGCUAAUGCCUUGUGUAGAUGUGUACCCUGCCAUUGCCGACAUCCGAGGAUGGCGCGUCCGCCGCAUCCUGGAAACGCCGACCUUUGUCAAGUUUCUAUGCAAUCCCCAUGCGUUUACAGCAGCAGCUGCUCCCAUCGUCAACGACAUUCCCGUGGCAGAGCAUGCAGAAUUCCACCCCCAUGCCGACUAAGUGCUGUUUUGUACGAUCUGAUUGGAUAAUAUAGGAUAAAAUUAAUACGUACUCCUUGUUGAUUGG